GGCUACUGGGCUUGAAAAGUGGGUUUACGGAAUGCUGUUUCUUUACUUUUCAUUCAUGUGUUAGCCUUCGUAGGACAAGGAAGAGCUGGCUUGUGGCGAAAUCCUCUAAUCACCCUGCAUAUCCUCCAAUCACAUAUCAGUAUGCAAAUGAAGAUGCUAAUUAGGUCCCUCUCUCUCGCGGUCUCAUAUAUGCCGCGCGCAAACUUACGCGGGAGCGCGCGCUGCGUCGUCUUCGGAGCAAACUCUCUCUCGUGCACUUCAAUGGGAGCGAAAAGGAAGCUCGUGUGCUGGCUGCAGUGGCUCACCGUCUGCACGCUCUUGUUCCUCGUGGGAUUUAUCAUAGGCUGGUUUGCGAGACCUGCUGAUAAACCCGCUGAAAAGAAAAAUGAAUUCCUGCAGGAGUUCUUGGACGAAAUCCAUGCAGGAAACAUCAAACAGCAUCUCAGGAAGUUCACCCGUUUGCCCCACUUGGCAGGAACGGAGCAGAACCUGCGAUUGGCCGAGCAGAUUCAGGAGGAGUGGCUAAAGUUCGGGCUGGACUCGGCCAAGCUGGUGUGGUACGAUGUCCUGCUCUCGUACCCCAACGUGACCAGGCCGAACUUUAUCUCUGUAGUGGACCAGCAUGGAAACGAGGUCAUUAAGUUGUCUCUGGCUGAACCGGUACCUGAGGGUUACGAGAACGUGAGUGACCUCGUUCCUCCAUACAACGCCUUCUCUGCACAGGGACAACCAGAGGGCGAGUUGGUGUACGUGAACUAUGGCAGGACAGAGGAUUUCUUCAAGCUGCAGCGGGAGAUGGGCAUCAACUGCACGGGCAAAAUCGUCAUCGCCCGAUAUGGCAAAAUCUUCAGAGGAAACAAGGUAAAAAAUGCCAUGUUAGCCGGUGCCAAAGGUAUCAUAUUAUACUCGGACCCGGCGGAUUACUGCGCCGACGGUGUGGAGCCUUACCCCGAGGGAUGGAACCUCCCGGGAGGCGGCGCACAACGGGGCAAUGUCCUGAACCUGAAUGGAGCCGGAGACCCCUUAACCCCCGGCUACCCUGCUAAAGAGUACACUUACAGGUUGAGUCUAGGAAAGGGGGUGGGGCUUCCCAAAAUUCCAGUACAUCCUAUUGGCUACAGUGAUGCUGUUCAUCUGCUGAAGAAUAUGGGCGGAGCCUUUCCGCCCCCUGAUUGGAAAGGAGCUCUGAAUGUGUCGUAUCGCAUCGGACCCGGAUUUGAUGGUGACUUCACACAGAAUAAAGUACGCAUGAACGUGCACAGCUAUAAUCAGGUGACCCGCAUCUAUAAUGUGAUUGGCCGAAUCAGAGGAGCUGAGGAGCCAGAUCGGUAUGUUAUUUUAGGUGGUCAUCGUGAUGCCUGGGUGUUCGGGGGAAUUGAUCCUGUGAGUGGAGCUGCAGCAACACACGAGACUGUCAGAGCAGCUGGAAAACUCCUGCAGAAAGGCUGGCGGCCCAGACGCACUUUGAUCUUUGCUAGUUGGGAUGCUGAAGAGUUCGGCCUGCUGGGAUCCACAGAGUGGGCAGAGGAAAAUGCUAAAAUGCUCCAGCAGAGAGCUGUAGCAUAUAUCAACGCAGACUCCGCUAUUGAGGGCAUGUACACACUGAGAAUAGACUGCACUCCAUCUCUCCAUACACUGGUGUAUGACAUCACAAAACAGGUGAUGAGUCCAGAGGCAGGGGAAGAGGGAAUGACUCUGUAUGACAGCUGGCACAAACGAGACAACUGGACUGAUAAUCGGGACGCACCCCGGAUCAGUAAGCUCGGCUCAGGCAGCGAUUUUGAAGCGUACUUUAUCAGACUGGGAAUUGCAUCUGGGCGAGCAAGAUACACCAAAAACAGAAAGACAGAGCGGUACAGCAGUUAUCCUGUCUACCACAGCGUGUAUGAGACAUUCGAGCUGGUUGAACGUUUCUAUGACCCCACCUUCCGGCGUAUGGAGGCGGUGACACGUGUACGAGGGGGUUUGGCUUUCCGCUUAGCUGACGCCCCUUUACUACCUCUGGACUGUAAGGAGUAUGCGCUCGCUCUCUCUCAGUAUGCACACGCCAUCCUCCAGCUCGCACAGAAACACCCACAGGAGAUGGAGCGCUACGCUGUGACGUUCGAUGCUCUGUUUUCAGCAGUGGACAAUUUCACUUACGCAGCCCAGGAGUUUCAUCAGCGCCUGAACACACUUGACACAACCAAUUCUCUGUCAGUACGGAUGGUCAAUGAUCAGCUGAUGUAUCUGGAGCGGGCUUUUAUUGAUCCUCUCGGCCUCCCUGGUCGACCCUUCUACAGGCACGUGGUGUUCGCUCCCAGCAGCCACAACAAGUAUGCGGGGGAGUCAUUCCCGGGGAUUUAUGACGCUCUGUUUGACAUCGGGAAUGCCGGCGAGCCUGAGCCAGCCUGGAGUGAGGUGAAGAGACAGAUCAGCGUCGCAGCUUUCACAGUCAAUGCCGCCGCCGAUACACUCCGCCCCGUCGCCUGAGCUAAACAUGAUCUUAGCUUACACUAGAUUUUCUCCCAGGAAUAUGACCGGAGAUGCUGUCUGCCCUCUUCUACCCUCACACAUACACACAGGAUAGAGAUAACACCAGGACACAUAAUCACAACCACACCCACUCCAGUUCUGUUCUUUGGAGGAAAAAAGACAUAACAGGAUAUAAUUCACACAGUAAUAAAAGACCUUUGGGGUAUUUUAAAGAGAAUAGUAGAGCAAUACAAACCAAAUCCUCUCAACAAUUAUUCAUCCAGAAAUCUGAGAGACACCAGGAUCCUUCAUACCUAGGAGUCAUCAGAAAUAAAGGAGGACUUUAUUACCUAAAAAAAAUAUAUAUGAUUAAUAAGAUUUGAAUCCCAGUAAUGAA